UUAACCGCUCGAGCUUGCGGCUGCUUCCAAAGAGAACUGCGAAGAUGGCGGCGCUUCGGGUCGUGGCGCUCUCCGGGAAUGGGAGAGCUCUCCUCACCGCUGGAAACACGCUCAAGACGUCCAAGGCCAACAUGUCGAUCUCCAGCCUGACGGGGAAGAAAAAAGUAGCACUAACCACCCUGGGCGUGGUCACAGCUGGCGGCGCCGGGCUCGCUCUGAUGCUCCAUCAGUCUGUGAAAGCCUCUGAGUUGGAGCUGCAUCCUCCCAACUACCCCUGGAGCCACUCGGGGCCUCUGUCCUCUCUGGACCACUCCAGUAUUCGCCGUGGUUACCAGGUGUAUAAGCAGGUGUGUUCCGCCUGCCACAGUAUGGAGUACCUGGCCUUUAGAAACCUGGUUGGCGUUUCGCACACGGAGGACGAGGUUAAGGCCAUCGCUGAGGAGGUUGAGGUAGUCGACGGUCCUGAUGAGAACGGCGAGAUGUUCACCAGACCAGGAAAGCUUUCAGACUACUUCCCAAAGCCGUACCCCAACCCUGAAGCCGCCCGCGCCGCCAACAACGGCGCUCUACCGCCUGACCUCAGCUACAUCGUCAACGCCAGACAUGGAGGUGAGGACUACAUCUUCAGCCUGUUGACGGGUUACUGCGACCCCCCUGCUGGAGUCUCAGUGAGAGAAGGACUCUAUUACAACCCCUACUUCCCCGGUCAGGCUAUCGGCAUGGCUCCGCCCAUUUACAACGAGGUCCUGGAGUAUGAAGACGGAACUCCGGCCACCAUGAGUCAGGUGGCUAAAGAUGUUUGCACCUUCCUGAGGUGGGCCGCCGAGCCGGAGCACGACCAACGUAAACGGAUGGGACUGAAGCUGCUGAUGGGCGCCGCCAUCCUCGUCCCUCUGCUCUACUACAUGAAGCGACACAGAUGGUCGGUGCUGAAGAGCAGGAAGAUCGCCUACAGGCCUCCCAAGUAAAGGAAAACAAACAUUGCCCCAACCUAGGCCUGAAGAAGAGAGGGGUGCGUUCAAUAACCCCACAGCGAGCGACCCAGGGUCAUCGUAUUAACACAACUGUUAUGAGGGUUGGAGAGCUGAAGGUUUAUGUAUAAUGUUGAUUUUAGUUAUAUAAAAAAAACAGGAAGGUAGAACCAGCUGUGGUAAAACGCAUCCUGGUGGAGGUUUGACAUCUGUGGCGUUCUUGAACGCACCCCUCUCCAUUCAUUUGAUCGAUCUGUGAGACGUGACGUCUCACAUCUUUGCAUCUUGUUGCUUUGUCACAGUAGACUGAUAAGGUUGAUGAUUAGCAAUCUCUGGAUGAAUGAUGCUCCAUGCUGAGGCUCAUGUUUGGGUCGGCCUCUUAACUCUGCAGCGAUUCUGGGUCUGUGUAAAUUUAUAUUUUGCUGUCCUCCUCAGCGAGUGUAACCUAAACUGGUUUUACUGUAUAAAAUAAAUUGUUCUAAA